AUGGCGGAUAUCCAGAUCGGUUCCAGCGCCUGGCGCCUCGUUGAGGUUGGCCGUGUCCUCAAGCUCGAGGGCGGCAGCCUCGCGACCAUCGUCGAGAUCGUCGACCACAAGCGCGUCCUUGUCGAUGGCCCCUCGUCCGACCCCAAGCUCGCUGCCCCCCGCGGCGUCGUUUCCCUCUCCAAGACCCUUCUCACCUCCCUCGUCAUCGAGAAGCUUCCCCGUGGUGCCCGCACUGGUGCCGUCAAGAAGGCCUGGGAGGCCGCUGGCAUCGAUGCCAAGUGGAAGGAGAACAACUGGGCCAAGAAGCAGCUCCAGCAGGAGCGCCGCAAGGCUCUCACCGACUUCGACCGCUUCAAGGUUAUGCGCCUCAAGAAGCAGCGCCGCUUCGAGGAGCGCAAGGCUCUCGCCAAGGUCAAGGCCUCUGCUUAA